AAAACGUUUGUUCAAACCCGCUUCCGCAAUCGAGGCGAUGAGACAUAUGCCGUUUUUUCAAGGAAAAUACCUAAAACAUAAAGGGAAACAUGCAGAGCAAUAACGUUGAAGAAAUCACGGACAAGUUAGAGGGUUUUCUGUCUAUAGACACAGAGAAGAUGGACAAAUACGACAGGUACCGGCAGGAGGGGAAGGAGGCUGCCAUGAGCGGUGAUCUGCCACGUGCCCUUGAGCUGUUUCAGCUGGCUUACCAGCUGCAGCCAAGUGAAAAACUGAAGAAGAGGAUCCAGGCCAUUCAGGACAUCAUGCAGAGAGAAGAGGAUGAAGAUGAAGAGGAGGAGGAGUUUAUAAACAUAAAUAAUAGUGGAUUGAUGCUUUACAAAGGCCUCUAUGACAAACUGUACGACCAUCAGAAAGAUGGUGUGGCGUUCCUGUACAGUCUCUACCGUGACGGACGGAAAGGAGGAAUCCUGGCUGAUGACAUGGGCCUCGGCAAGACGAUUCAAGUCAUUUCAUUUUUGUCAGGAAUGUAUGAUGCAGAGCUGGCCAAUCAUACCCUGUUGGUCAUGCCUACCUCGCUCAUUAAGAACUGGGUACGUGAAUUUGCCAAGUGGACCCCUGGCAUGAGGGUGAAAGAGUUUCACGGCGCCAGCAAAACUGAGCGAAACAGGAACCUGGAGCGAAUUCAGCGCAAGGGAGGAGUUAUCAUUACCACCUACCAGAUGCUCAUCAACAACUACGAGCAACUAGGAUCAUAUGACCAACGCGAGUUCAAGUGGGACUAUGUCAUCCUGGACGAGGCCCACAAAAUCAAAACCUCAUCCACAAAAACGGCUAAAAGCGCUCACGCCAUCCCUGCUAAACACCGUGUGCUACUGACAGGCACUCCAGUUCAGAAUAACCUACGAGAGAUGUGGGCGCUGUUCGACUUUGCUUGCCAGGGUUCGCUUCUGGGAACCUCUAAAACAUUCAAAACUGAAUAUGAGAAUCCAAUCACUCGUGCAAGGGAGAAAGACGCCACCCCUGGAGAGAAAGCACUUGGAUUGAAGAUUUCUCAGAACUUAAUGGACAUCAUCCAACCGUAUUUUCUCAGGCGGACCAAAGCAGAUGUUCAGCACAAGAAGCAAAAGCGUAAAGAAGGCUACGAAGAUGAGGAAGAUCAAGAGAACAAAUGUCCAAAUGCUGGCGACGGAGCAGAGAUGCCGUCGCUGACGAGAAAGAACGAUCUCAUCGUGUGGACGUACCUCAGCUCGGUGCAGGAGGACAUUUAUAACCAGUUCAUCUCGUUGGACCAUAUUAAGCAGUUGCUGACGACUACCAGGUCACUGCUUGCAGAGCUUACGGUGUUGAAGAAGCUCUGUGACCACCCCAGACUGCUGUCAAAUCGAGCUGUGACUCAGCUAGGCCUGGAGCAAGGUUCUGUCUCUGAUGCCAUCCAUCCAGACGAUGAUACGGAGUCAGCUGUGAGUCAGAUCGAUAAAAUUUCAGAUGACACUUUGGUUGCGGAGUCUGGGAAGCUGCAGUUUCUCGUGUCUCUACUGGAAUGUCUCCGUGAAGAGGGCCAUCGGACCCUGAUCUUCUCUCAGUCGAGGAAGAUGCUAGACAUCAUGGAGCGUGUCCUGCGAAACAGAAACUUUCGCCUGCUGCGUUUGGAUGGCACAGUGACUCAGCUGGCAGAAAGGGAGAAGCGUAUCACGCUGUUCCAGACAGACAGACGUUACACAAUAUUCCUCCUCACCACUCAGGUGGGUGGAGUCGGCAUCACGCUGACUGCAGCAAACCGUGUUGUGAUCUUUGACCCCAGCUGGAACCCCGCGACAGAUGCUCAGGCUGUGGACCGCGCUUACAGAAUUGGUCAAACUGAAAAUGUCAUCAUCUACCGACUCAUCACCUGUGGCACUGUGGAGGAGAAGAUCUACCGCAGACAGGUGUUUAAAGACUCCCUCAUCCGGCAGACAACCGGUGAUAAGAAGAACCCUUUCCGUUACUUCAGUAAGCAAGAGCUGCGUGAGCUGUUUAAACUUGAAGACACACGUUCAUCCACCACUCAGCAGCAGCUUCAGGCCAUGCACUCACAUAACCGUCGCUCUGACACCAGCCUGGACCACCACAUCGCUCGCAUUCACACCAUGGAGAUGUUCGGCAUCUCUGAUCAUGACCUCAUGUUCACUAAAGAGGUGGCAGCCGAUGAAGAUGACCCUGAGGACGCAGAGUCACAUCACUACAUACAAACACGUGUCCAGAAAGCACAAGAGCUCAUGCAGGCAGAAUCAGAACUGCACGGUCAGCUCUUGGACAGCAUGGCCCAGAACACUGAACCCACUUGGCUCAGGCAAAUGGACCAGACGAAAUCUGCUGGUAUAAAGCGCCCGGCCCCUCCACGUGUCAAAAAAGAGCCUGUGACAGUGGAUCUGACACACAACAGUUACGAUGAAUCAGAACCAGAGGAAGACGAGAACUAUCCACCAGUUGACGAUGCGGAGGUGGAGGUUGUAAGUGAGAAAGUGCAAAUUGUAGAUGAAGACGACGAGUUGGAAAAUGAGACUCCUUGCUCUGCUGAAGAAAUAAAUGUGCAUGUUAGUCCCACUGCUGACAAGUUAGCUCAACAAGCUGUGAUCACGCUGGAUGACAGUUUAGAUGAUGAGGACAAGUUUUACAUUAAUGCAGCAUCAGAAAAACAAAACUUGCCAAGUCCUUCUGGCCAGUUUCCGAAGUUAGAAGAACUUUCUAUUGCAUCUGAAGCUCUUGGUAAUGAAGAGGUUCAGGUGGACAUGCCUGAUUUAAAGAUGUUUUCAUCACCCCAAUCUCCAAAUGAGGCCACAGCAAGAGAAUCUUUCAAAGCAGAGAUGGAAGUGCUUCAGGGAAACUUCAACUUGCAGUUGGAAGACAGUGCCGAUAUGUUCUCAGUCGAAGAAGAGGAAGUUUGUGAGGUUGAGGAGUCGCUAGCUGAGGAAAGUCCCGGAUUUCAGCUUCAGAUGGACAUUAGUGGAGAGAGGCUGGAAGAUGCGAGUAUCCAUGAAAGCAUACAAGAUGGUAACCAAAACAAAGCUGAAGUCAGCAACUGUAACAACAGUGAGGUCUUCAACUCUAACACUGGUGAAGUCAGCAAGCAUCAUGAAUCUUCUCUGAGGAUCCGUUCUGCUCCGGACACACCUGCGGACGACUCCUUUGUGCAUUCUGUUCAGAGAAAGAAAAGGCAGGUCAUCUCUGACACUGAUGAAGAAGACGGAGGAGAAGAAGAGGAGUCAGAGAAGCCAUGUUUAACGAGCAGUCCAUUGACCAAUGGCUUCAGCAGGCUGGGCUCUUCAACACCAAAAUCCACUAUGACUGAUGGCGGUCAACUACGCCGCAGCUUGAACGCUUCGGUGGCAUCCAGAAGGUCCUUCGUAGUGUCCAUGCUGGAGAAUGAGUCGGAUGAGGAGUCAGCAGAGCACAGUGAAGAUGGAACCAAAUCCUAUGAGAAAUCAGAAGCCAGUGAAAGUCAUGCUGAAGAAUCAAUGGUGGAAGAGGAGGAACCCAGUGGAGACCAAACCGAAUCCUAUGAGAUAUCACAAGCCAGUGAAAGUCACGCUGAUGAAUCCGUGGUGGAAGAGGAGGAAUCCAGUGGAGACCAAACCAAAUCCUAUGAGAUAUCACAAGACAGUGAAGUGCAUGGAAAUGAGUUUGUGGUAGAAGAGGAGGAACCCAGUGGAGAGACUUUAAACUCGGAAGAGUCCUCAAGUCACGAGGAGCUUGAAGAGGUGGAAGAAAGCAUAGAUUCAAGAGGAAACCGGGAGCAUGAAGAAUGGCACAGUGCUCUGCUUGAAUCCACUGCUGAUGUUGAACUAGACUCUAAUGAAAUGAUGGACCAGUGUGCCCCCCAAAAAAUCCCUCUGGAAACACAUAUUCUUCCUGCUUACUCUACAGUAAGUGAUGUGUCUGCUGCUAAACCCUCUGAGAACACGUAUGAGAUGCUGGUCCUGUCUGGAAAACAGUGUUUGGCAGAAGGGAGGAAGCAGGCUGCUCUGGAUUUCUUUCUGAAAGCCAUAGACAUUAAUACGGGUGAUGCUGAGAUCCAGCUCUUGAUCAUUCAGCUAUACAGGCAGCUUAGCCAAUAGUAAUAUUAAAGUGUGCGUUAUCAUAUCUGUACCAUGUUUGACCAAACUUUUUUUCUGUCUGUUGGUAAAAAGCAAUUGCAGAUUGCAUGUGGAUAAAACAAUCUGUACUGAUCAGAGGGACGUGUUAAGAAUACGUGUUAAAAAUAUGCUGUAUAUGUUAAUAUUGUUAGUGGAUUUUCUCAAUAAUUCCUCUGCAUGUUUAUUUGUUUAUUUUGAUAUCUUUAGUUUCAAAUUGUUCAGUUUAUAUUAUUCUGACAUAAAAAAUAAUUGUGGGAAAAAAUAAUAAAUUCUUGAGUUUUGUA